AUGGCCGGGGAGCGUAGUCAGAGUCAAGGUUCGAGCCAGUCGCCGUCUCCUCCGUAUAACGAUGGCCCGCAAGAAGGCUCGAAAUCUGGCCGCAAGGGAAAGAAAAAAGUUGGCUUCUCAGAGGAUCCGCGUACGUUAGAUGAUCCCUUUGACGAUGCGGCCCGCGAGAACACCGAUGGCAGUCCACAUGAGACGCCUGAAGAACCACCGUCCAGUACCCAUGAGGAACUGUCGAAAGAUAUCCAUAAACUGUUUGGACGAAAGUAUGUACCUAGGAAGCCUCGACCAGCACUGCGGAAAUCCUCCGGAUAUCAGGACCCCGAUCCCUCGUCUCCAUCGCCACAAUCCCCACCCAUGGACUCCGAUCGACAUCAGAGAUCGGGUAUCGAAGCGAAAGAAAGAGCCGAGCGUCUUGCGCAAAGCAUCAAAAGACACUCCACGUCAGGAGCUCGAAAGUUUUCUGCCGACCUUGCUGCUGCUCGGGAUACCGAUCCGAACAAUCCAUUCCAGGAGCAAUCGGAUGAGUCUGGCGCGAAGACUGCGGACGACUCCGGCAUGGAUACGGCUGACGAGUCCGAGGGGCUCGCUAAUCGGAGGGGCUCCCAGAAAGCCGCCCAAAAAUUGGUACGAAGUCACACAAAGACAGACUUUAAGUCCAGGAGACCUUCUCGCUACCGACCGCCCAAGUCGGGCCAGGUAACCCCUAAUAGAGGGGAUCAAGAUCGGGAAGAAAAUAUUCCUCACCCCAAGACAUAUCAGACCGGUGUCCUAUCAAGCUUGCUCAAGCUCUACGCGCCUGAGACGGAAAGCAAAGUUGAGAGCGCAGCCGCGUCGCCAGGGAGGACACCUCAUCACUCCCCUCCAGAGUCUGGCCCGAGUACUCCUCGUGAAUCGGGCCCGAGCACCCCUCGUCAGAAACCUCGAAAACACCUAUUCGGUCUGCUCGGAAAUCACUCGAGCUCCGCCCUCGCUGGUCUCGUGGGGACGACGUCCAUGCUAGCAACUCCUGGUUCUGGUACCAUUAGUAGCGAAAUUUCCGAAACGCUCACGCACGACAAUCCCAAGCAAGACCAUCACAAGAAAUCGAAAAAGAAAAAAACCGGGGAUCUAUUGGGAAAGGCAGCCAAGCAGGCCAAACCUACCAAGUAUGACGCGGAUAAGUACAAGAUUACGAUCCAUAUUGCCGAAGUCAUGUCACGCCAGAGAUAUCUCGUCAAGCUUUGUCGAGCCUUGAUGCUGUAUGGCGCGCCAACCCACCGGCUGGAGGAGUAUCUCAUCAUGACCAGUCGAGUGCUGGAGAUCGAGGGCCAGUUCCUCUAUAUCCCCGGCUGCAUGAUCAUUUCGUUCGAUGAUAGUUCGACCCACACGACCGAAGUCAAGAUUGUUCGGGCGAAUCAAGGAGUCAAUCUUGGAAAGCUUCGCGAUGUCCACGACAUAUACAAGAUGAUUGUCCAUGACAAGGCAUCGGUGGAUGAAGCUCUUUUUCGCCUAGAAGAGGUGUUCAAACGAAGACCCAAGUUCAAAUCAUUGAUACGGAUUCCCGUGUACGGACUCGCGUCGGCAUGUGUUGCACCAUUUGCUUUCCAGGGUCGCUUCAUCGAUUUGCCUAUAGCCUUUCUACUGGGCUGCAUUUUGGGGAUCUUACAGCUCGUUAUAUCUCCGACGAACGAUCUCUAUGCCAACGUUUUCGAGAUUACGGUCGCUUUGAUCACAUCAUUUCUCUCUCGAGCAUUUGGGUCUCUCAAGAACGGAAAUCUAUUCUGUUUCUCCGCAUUGGCUCAGGCAUCCAUUGCACUGAUUCUUCCUGGUUAUAUGGUCCUCUGCAGCUCACUCGAGCUUCAAUCGCACAACAUCGUCGCUGGCUCCGUCCGCAUGGUGUAUGCAUUAAUCUACACCUUAUUCCUCGGAUACGGUAUCAUGAUCGGCUCGGUCAUUUACGGCGCGAUCGACAAAAAUGCGACGUCCGACACAACGUGCCAUGAUCCUAUGCGUAAAGAGUGGUAUUUUUUAUUUGUCCCUCUAUUCGCGCUUUGCCUCUGCAUUAUCAAUCAAGCCCACUGGCGACAAAUGCCUCUCAUGAUUUUCAUUGCGUUUUGUGGCUACCUAGCCAAUUUCUACUCCGCCCAGUACUUCAUCGAAAACGCGCAGGUCAGCAACACGCUGGGUGCCCUUUGCAUCGGCGUCCUCGCAAAUCUUUACUCUCGCCUCGGUCGGCACUGGGACAAGGUGUUGCGGUGGGCGUGGAAAAGAGCCUUCAAGAGGCAAGCUUCACUGGCUCUCGACACAGAGUCGUCGUCCUCGCCAGACACUCCGAAUCCCGGAAGUCCUGGUAGCAGUGAACCGCGUCGUCCCAACCGCACCUGGAAGGUGGCCUACGGUCUUGCUGCCGCCGCGAUGCUCCCGGCUAUCUUCGUCCAGGUACCCUCAGGCCUCGCUGCCGGGGGGUCGCUGCUUGCGGGCGUUACGUCUGCGGAUCAGCUCACGGAGAAUGUUACAGACAGCUCGACCGGCGGGGCAUCGGAUCAGAUGGGCGGUGUUAACUCGGGGGCGUUCAAUGUUUUGUACAGUGUGAUUCAAGUUGCCAUUGGGAUUUCGGUCGGCCUGUUCUUGAGCGCUUUGAUUGUUUACCCCUUUGGAAAGCGGAGAAGCGGGCUGUUCAGCUUUUAA